AUGUCAAAAACAGACGAGAAGAAAGAUAUUAUUCAAUAUGUUCCUUUUAUGUCUUUCGUUCAUCCAUCUUUUUGGCAUAGUUUAACAGAAAUGAAAUUAAAUGUUGAUAAGUUAAAUGAAACCACCAAACAAGUUUAUGGUAGAUAUUCUUAUAGGGAUGAUAUUGUUAGUGUGUUCGAGGUAGACGGAACCUCUUUUAAUACGAACCCAGAGAUAGAACACCAUUAUAUAAAUGUUACUGGUACUUUGAUGAAUAAAAAUACAAUUGAAGACUUUAAGAACAUUGACAAAGCAUCUUUGAUAAAUAGUGUUGGUGAGAUCAUCAGAGCGAAUAUGCAGACAAAAUCUUGGAUAGACAAUCCCUCUAACUUGCUAAACUUUUUUAUUCUUUCUUUUGCCGAUCUUAAAAAAUUUCACUAUUACUACUGGUUUGCAUUUCCUGCACCAAGUCAACCAAUUGUAUGUUUAAAAGAAAAAUGUAAAAAUAUAAGUACAUGUUUCAACGAGAAACAGAUAAAAGAUAUAUCUAAGAGCUAUCAAAAUUUAGAAACAUCACAGAAAAGUUUCUUUGUAAUUGUCAAAGAUAAUGAAACUGCCAAUGCCGUUGAACUAUCAAAAAUUCUAGAUAAGAAUAAGGGUAAAGAGCUAAAUAUUAAUAUGUCUAAAAUAUUCUUUGCAUUUGCUGAUCAUAGUAAUGGACCAAAUCCUGGAUGGCCACUGAGAAUAUUUUUAGCAGCAUUGCUUGAUUUUUGUCCAAAUUUAAGCAAAACAAGUAUUGAAGUUAUUGGAAUAAGAUGCAGUAAAAACGGUUCACUUGCAAGUAGUCAAAUUUACAGCAUAACAGUUCCUGAGGGCGUCCAAACACCUGAAAAUGUUGGAUGGGUGGGUUGGGAAAGAAAUGAUAGAGGCAACUUUGGACCAAAACUCGCAAAUAUGUCUGCUUCGAUGGAUCCUGUGAAAUUAGCAGACGCGUCUUCUGAUCUCAAUAUAAAGUUAAUGAAAUGGCGUCUAGUACCUGAUCUUAAUGUGGAUGUAAUGAAAGAUACCAAGUGUCUGUUGCUUGGAGCUGGUACCUUAGGUUGUCAUGUGGCAAGGGACCUACUGGCAUGGGGAUUUCGCCACAUAACAUUCAUAGAUAAUGGCAAAGUAUCGUAUUCUAAUCCAACGCGACAAGUGCUUUACACUCAUCGAGAUUGUCUCGAUGGUGGUAAGAGAAAAGCGCAAGCGGCUGCUGACAAUAUCAAACUUAUCCUGCCUACUGUGAAAAGUGAAGGUUUGAGUCUCCACAUUCCAAUGCCUGGUCACCCAAUUGGAGAAUCUCUUAAACAAGAAACCGUAAGCAACAUCAAGCUAUUAACAGAAGCCAUUGAAAACCAUGAUGUAAUAUUCCUACUACUGGAUACGAGAGAAGCCAGGUGGUUACCGACGCUUAUUUCCGCGUAUUAUGGAAAGAUAGUAAUAAAUGCAGCGCUUGGUUUCGAUAGUUAUCUCGUAAUGCGGCAUGGAAUUAGUUCGGUUACAAAGGAAACGCCAAUGAACAGUUCAUACGUGUCUGGAGAACAACUCGGCUGUUACUUCUGCAAUGACGUCACGGCACCGGGAAACUCGGUAAAGGAUCGUACGUUAGACCAGCAGUGUACCGUGAGCCGGCCCGGGACGGCGGCCGUGGCGGGCGCCCUCGCCGUCGAACUACUUGUGGCUCUACUGCAGCACCACUCCAGGGUAAAAACUCCAGCUUUAUACAACAUAACUGAUGAAGACAUCGACUCUGAACUUCAAGGCGUUCUUGGUCCAAUACCCCAUACAAUACGAGGAUUCUUACACUCUUACCAGACUGUAUUGCCAACUUGUCCUAAAUUUAAACAGUGUAUAGCUUGUUCUCAAGUUGUCAUAGAUAAAUAUAGAGAAGAAGGCAUAGAGUUCUUAAUGAAAGUCUUUAACAGUGGAACCUAUUUAGAGGAAGUAACGGGCUUAUCUGAACUGCAAUUAACUGCGGAAAUGACCGAGAUUUUAACAUUUUCUGAUGAAGAUCAAGAAAGUACAGACUAAAUAUCCAAAUAAAAAUAAUACAUAAUAAAUAUAAUAUAGCAGAAUCCUCAUUUAAGAUAUAAAAUGCACAAUUAAAUGUCUCUGAUCUUGCUUACUUAUUGAAUGUACUUUACUAGUGAAAUGUGUGAUCUAUGUGUAAUCAAUGGCUGCUGUUACCUGAUAGCUAUAUUCUUGAUUGCUUUUGAUAGCUAUAUUCCUGUAGUUGUAUUCUUUUAUUAAUUUAUGCGUAGUUGUAAGUAUUAAAUAAAUUUUAUUCCAAUUUUC